AUCCCAAAAUAACAGCAAGAAGCAAAUGGCCUCCACCGGCACCGAGUCCCUUCCUUGGAGGGAUGCCGAAGUGGAACAGUUGUCUGCUUGGAAAGCGAAGAAAACCAAGCAGAACAACUAUAAGUUGAAUGAGGAUGAGGUGGAGGAAGUGAAGAAGCUGGUGAGGGAAGAGGGGGACGUAGUGGAUAUCUUGUACCUCACCAGCCAGGAGGCGAUAGAUGCUGCUGAGCUUUAUGGGCCAAGCUCAUUGGGGGAAGCUGAGAUGGACGAGUUCGUUGGUGCUGCUGGGGGCUUGUACAUCCCCAAGAAGCCAAGGAAGAAGUCAAAGACUUCAACUGCGGCUGAGAAGGGGGUGACAGAGGGGGGGCGACAGUCCAGCAUCUCUGCCCAGGCUAUGGAGGUUCAGCCAAGGCCGGAGCUUACGAUGGGGGGUAGUGAGGAUGUGAGUGAGGAGAUGGCCCCUCUCCAGAGGAAGAAGAGGAGGGUGGCGGAGCUAGGAACUAGGGGGGACGAAGUGGUGGAGUUCGUGUCCCUGCCUUCUCCCCCAGAAAUCAAUUCGGAAGAGAGGGAGAGGGGCGAGGUCGAAACUGGGGCGAAGCACUUCCUCAACGCUACUCUUCCAGAGGUGGACAGAGUUCAGGCGAAGAACGAGGUGGUUAGCCAUGCGGGGUAUACCGUUGUGAGGCAUGCCCUAGAGAGUGCGAGCUGGACAAACGCUCUAGCGCAGGAGUAUGCGGAGAGCGUUAGAGAUCGUGCCAGCUUGCAGCGGCAGUGCGAUCAGCUCCAAAACGAGAAGGAUGAGCUGCAGAAGGAGAAGGUGGAAUGGGGGAAGCAGAAGAGGGAGAUGCAUAGGAGGCUGGAUGAAGUUCUCCCUUCAGUGGCCGAGCUCCAAAACGAGAAUGAUGUCCUGAGCACGAAGCUCGGCCUCGAAGAACGUAAAAGGAAGAUCUGCGAGGAGAAACUCGAGGCUCAGGACAAAUAUAUGGACAAGAUGAGGGAAGCAGCCUCGGAGCUGAAGAAGAACGUCAACCUACUGGUGCACAACGGGAUGGAGGAGCACAUUGGGAACUUCCUCAACUCCAGCACCUUCGAGGACAUCCUCAAGCUGUACCUGCUGCCAACCGCCAUCCUGGCCUUCACCGACUACAGAAAGAAGGUGAAGGCCCAGUACCCAGAGGUGGACGUGACAACGGUCACCUUUGGGGAACAGGAGGGAGGAGUGGAGGAAGAUAGCGAGAGUCUCUGUGCGGACUUCCAUCCUCAGAUUACUCUGAGGUGGGAGCGUGAUGCAGAGGGGCGCACCAUUUUUCCUCCAACCUUUGAUGCUGAGUUGGUGGCUGUGGAGGGAGAAGAAGAAGAAGGAGAAGAAGUGCAAGAUGCUGGAGUUGAGGCGGUGAUGGCCGAAGCGCAGCCUCCGAAAGUGCAGCCAAUCUCCUCUGACGAGGUGCAGUUGCUGCCCCCCCCGAAGCAGAAGUGCCAGUUCUGCCUGCUGGAGUCGAGCCACUUCUACCGCCUUUUCCUGUUGAGGAGCAGCCUCCUCCUCCAACAGAGUAACUUAGGGUUUUAUUUUGUUAGUGGUAUUUGUAAAUAACAUUUGUUGAGAUUUUAUAAAAUUUUUAAAGUUUU